AUGGCCCCCUUGACGCUUGUGAGAGAAUUCCCGGCUAUGGAGCCUCAAAUGAUAUUCCGCCCUAUGAGUUACGAAGAGUUUCAUAAUACAUGGUCCGAGCCUGUCGACACCAUUCAUCGCGCAAUCAUCGGCCUAACAGAAGAUAUCGCCAUGUUUCAGGCAAUGAGUCUUCACAAAAGGCAGACUGCAGCCGGCGAAGAGUUCCUUCAAAGUCUUUUGUAUUAUUCGCAGGUUCUUAUUUUGGAUUCUCUGGUCAAAAUCAGGGGUAGACUCCGAGCCUACGCUACUACAUCUGCCUUGCCAGGGAACGAGACUGUUCAGUCAAUUGGCUCAAAGCUGACUGACGCACAAGAUGCUUUCGACCGUUUCUCAGCUAUCACGUCGCAGGUGUUGGACGAAGCAAGCUGGACAUUUAGAUGGAAGACUCCAUCAGUAGGAGACAAGGUCCCAACGACGAGUCCCUACCAAGCAUUGUACCAGUCGAUAUGUAUAAAUAAGUUGUCAUCCGCACCGACUGUUCCUGUAACGGAUGUCCUCGCAUCUCUCGCGAAAAAACAAAAGCUAUCGCUGCCUAACCUGCCACCGGGUAUAGAGAGGGUCAAUUUUGAAAAGUGUGGACGACCUACUAUGCUCUUCGUCGCAGCAACCCCUGAUCGGUCCCGUAUCGUCUUCGGCGCAAACGAAACUUCAUGGGGCACGUUGACGGCCUUGUCUGCCAUAACCAGGAUGGCAAGGGACAUCCGAGUUCAACAAUAUAUACCGCGGGCAAUGAAAGCCUUCCGGGCACUCCGCCGAAAGGAGGAGGAAGCGCUGGUUGAGCUUCGGCGCAACCCAAGUGCUCGUACUCUUAGCGACAAAGAACUGAAAUAUAGGUCUCGUUUAGCAGCGAUAGAGAAAAUGAGGUUGGAUGAAAGCUUCUUGGGUGGGGGCAACGAGAUAGGUAUCGCCCUUAAACCACCGAGCUGGAAGUUUAACCAGGGUUGCUACCUCUGCCAGGGGAUGAUGGGGUAUCAGUCCCCAAACCUGCAGGUCUCUGAAAAGGAGCGGAAGAGCUAUAUUCUCCAAUUCAAAUAG